UAGUAAACAUUUCUAAUUAUAAGUUAUAACCUGGUUUCUCCCAUACUUUAACAUAAGAAAUGGAUCACAAGUUCUUUGCCUUCCUUUUUGUGGGUUGCGCCGCUAUAAUGAUGCAAUAUGCCGAAGCACAAACUACAAACGUAGUUGGAGACAACACUGGUUGGGUUGUACCUCCAACUAUCGACACCUACUCCACUUGGGCCUCCGGCAAGACCUUUGCGGUUGGAGACAUCCUUACUUUUAACUUUAGGACUGGGGAACAUGACGUGCUCCAAGUUCCCAAGGCCUCCUACGACGCAUGCACGUCGGAUAAUCCCAUUGGAGGCAUGAUCACCACCGGACCUGCCAACAUCACCCUCACAACCGGAGGCGACGCAUACUUCAUUUGCACUAUAGGCCGCCACUGCCAAGCCGGACAAAAGAUGGCUAUCUCUGUCUCCGGCACGCCUGUCCCUUCCCCACCCACCAUUCCCAGCCCUCCUGUCACACCCUCCCCGAACUCUAGCCCUGAAGCAUGUCCUCCAACUGAGUCGCCCACCGGUUCAUUCACUAGACCCGAACUUACCCCACCGCCGUCCCCUAGUUCUUCAACCGUUGUCUUAGUCAGCUUCUUGCUUCCCAUGUUCGCGGUUGUCCUUGGUUACAUUUAUAAUUAACUAUAGCUUGAACAAUAUUAUUGAAAUUUUGAAGCUUUUAUAAUUAAUUUACAUUCAGAUUACUAAUAAGACUUCUAUAUGAUUUCUUUUCUUGUAUCAUCUUUUGUAAUAGUAUGUGUACUACAUAAAUAUUACUAAUAAUAAAAGUCUUAUUCAUUAUAUAUAGUUGA